CUUGUUUCUAGUUUCUGGCUGACUAAGCCAUAUUUCGGUAUAAAGUACAUACUCCGAUCCCCCCGCGUUUACCUCGGCUGACCCCCCACGUAAUGGUAGCGGCAGCGCUACCCUUGUCCCUUUUUAGACGUUAUAUGGGCACGACAAGCUACUUACAUUCUUCCUGGCAUUUGGACUUUAAAUACGAUUAAGCCAUCACGAGGAUGCCUUUCAAUUGAACAUCACCAACAAAACCUCACAAUCUCCCCCGCCGCUGACUCAAGAUGCUGCUCCUCGGUCUGACAGGCUCGAUCGCAACGGGAAAGUCUACCGUAUCCAACAUCCUCCGCGCACCACCGUACUCACUCCCCAUCAUUGACGCGGACGUCAUUGCGCGCGAAGUCGUCGAACCCGGUACCGCAGGCUACAACAAGAUUGUUGCGCACUUUGGCGCAACCACACCAGACCUCCUCCUCCCCAAAACCGACAAUGGCAAAGGACAACCGCUGAAUCGUCCCGCCCUGGGGCGGCGAGUCUUUGGGGACACAGACGAGCGGAAGAAGGAUCGGGCUGUGCUGAACGGGAUCGUGCAUCCUGCGGUCCGUAUGGAAAUGUACCGACAGCUGCUGAGGUGUUAUCUAAGAGGCUGCUGGGCGGUCGUCCUGGAUGUGCCGCUGUUGUUUGAGAGCGGGCUGGACACGCUUUGCGGGACUGUCAUGGUUGUUGCGGUGGGAGAUCCGGCGAUACAGAUGAGGAGGCUUCGAGACCGGGAUGCCCACCUAACGGCCGAAGAUGCAGAGAACAGGGUGCUGAGCCAGGGCGAUAUCAGAGAGAAGGCGAAGAGAUGCGAGGCAAGAGGGGAUGGCAGGGGGGUCGUGGUGUGGAAUGACGGUGGCAGAGAAGAGCUCAAGAAGGAGAUUGAAAGGGUUAUGUCAACCGUCAUGAAAGGGAGCCCGAAGUGGUGGACUUGGCUGCUGCUACUGGUGCCUCCGCUGGCGGGUUGGGCUGGGCUGUGGACAUAUUACCGGAAUAUGAGGGUCAACAAGGACUGGAGGCAAGCUGAGCUGGAGAGCAAAGCAAAAUUAUAAUUUCACUUAUCGUCAAAAACUCAAGCUCACUCCCAUAGCGUCA